AGAUGGCGGCGGAGCGGGAUAGCCACCACGAGAACGGCGACGUUUUUGAGGCGGAGGACAAUUGCAAGAGCAGCGAAGGGGCGAAGUCGUGUGUGGAGGACGAGAAGGUGGAUGAAAGUAAUGCAAAUGAGGUCGCCGCCGAUGAGGUCACUGAAGAAGACGGUUCGCCGGAAAGUGAUAUCACUGACUCAGGUUCUCAAGAAGUGCUCAAUUCAUUGAUCACUGAGAUAUGUUCUAACCAUGAUGACUGUGAGGCACGUCGUGCCCAGAUCAAGUUGACAAAAGGUUUCUCAGCAAAGGAGUCAGUCAAAGGGCAUAUGGUUAAUGUUGUGAAAGGCUUAAAGCUAUAUGAGGAAAUAUUUACCGACUCUGAGCUCUCUAAAUUGACUGACUUUGCAAAUGAACUCCGCACGGCUGGUCUGAAUGGAGAGCUCUCAGGCGAGACCUUUAUUUUGUUCAACAAGCAAAUUAAGGGAAACAGGAGAGAGCUAAUUCAGUUUGGAAUUCCAAUAUUUGGACAGGUCAAAGAGGAAGCUGCAAGCAACAUUGGGCCAAUUCCGGCUCUUCUCCAUGAUGUGAUCGAUCACCUUGUACUGUGGAACCUAAUCCCAGAGUACAAACGACCUAAUGGUUGCAUCAUCAACUUCUUUGAGGAGGGAGAAUAUUCGCAGCCAUUCCUGAAACCACCACAUUUGGAUCAGCCAAUCUCGACUCUUCUCCUCUCUGAAUCCACAAUGGCUUACGGGCGCACCCUUGUGACUGAUUCUGAUGGGAACUACAAGGGGCCGCUGACCCUCUCUUUGAAGGAAGGGUCACUCCUAGUUAUGAGGGGAAACAGUGCUGACAUGGCAAGGCACGUCAUGUGUCCAUCUCCGAACAAGAGGAUCAGCAUCACAUUCUUUAGAGUCCGAGUAGACUCUAACCAAUAUCAGUCGUCACCACAAAGUCCAACACAGAAUGGUGCCAUGACUGUAUGGCAGCCUGGAGUUAUGAGCCCAUAUGCAGCUCCAGAUGGAGCACCUAAUGGCUACGAGGCAAUGGAUGUAAUGCCAAAAUGGGGUGUCCUCCGUGCUCCAGUGGUCAUGUUAGCCCCAGUUCGUCCUAUGGUAUUGAGCCCUCGAAAACUUCCUCAAAGUGGGACUGGAGUUUUCUUGCCGUGGACUGUGGGAUCAAGAAAACCAGCAAAACAUCUUCCACCUCGCGCCCAAAAAGGGCGGCUUAUGGCACUCCCUUCCCCAGCCGUGACACAUGUAGUGGAGUCCACUUCUGAGCCAGGCAUCACUGUUUAAGGAAGAUCAUUGGUGUCAAGUUAGUCACAGGCAGCCCUGGGUUGAAAAUGAUAUGAAUCAGCGAAGAUAGUAUUCAUAUUUACUUCCAAGUUCUGCAGGAGUUUUUCUUGUUGUACAAACAGGCCUAGGUGCUGUUAGAAGAAUGUUUCAAAUUUCAAAAUUUUCCUCUUUCUUUCUUGAGUAAGAAUAGGUUUAAAGGGAGUCACAGUACUUUUAUUUUGGAUGCCAGCCAUGGUAGUGCUUCAGAGGUAGUUGAGCUUAUCAAGUUGUGGAGUGUGAAUUAGUUUAAGUGCUGAAUUUUGUAUUGGGGUUAUGUUAGUUUUUUAUAAACAAAUUAU